AUGGCUGCCCCUAUGCGGAACCCAAAAGACUCUAUGAAGUCCACCUGGCGACUAUGGGACAAGUCAGAAUGGAAUAUGGGCCACUGGCUUCUCGAGCUCUUGAACGUCCAUCAUCUGAAUCUGGGCGAGGAUGUCCCAGUUCACCAAAAGACCGACAAAGUUCCCUAUGCACCUGAAAUGCAAUUCCAUCGUUGGGUUCUAACGCAUGCUUUCAUUCCACUCGUUCUUCACCAACUAUACAUCAACUUCUUCGGCCGACCCCAUGGGUUGCUGGUUUUCAUCUUCUACAGCUUAGCUCUCGAAUUCAAUGCUGUACACGAAGUACAAGUUCUACGUCGUGUCGGCCACAAAAUUGGAUUUUUCGACGGGGACAAGCAUGCUCGCGAUGGUGUGCCUGACGUGGGCGUCGGGAAAACCGUACAGACCGUGCUAUCUGUUAUCAUCUUCCGUCCGAUGUUCACCGUUUUCCUCGCCUACCGUGGCGACGAAGCCCCUGCCUCCAUCCGGUGGGGAUGGCUUAUCGUUGAGACUGGCAUGUAUGCUGUUGUCCUCGACUUCUGGUACUAUAUGUUUCACCGUGCCUCCCAUGAGACGGAACACCUCUGGAAGUUCCACCGCACCCACCAUCUGACCAAACACCCUAAUCCUCUCCUGACUGCAUAUGCAGACAAGGUGCAAGAGUUUAUCGAUGUCAUUGGCACUCCGGUUAUCACGUAUGGAACCAUGAAACUGAUGGGAUUUCCCAUGGGUUUCUAUGAAUGGUGGGUUUGUCAACAAUACAUCGUGUUCACCGAGGUUCUCGGCCACAGCGGUCUACGAAUGCUCGCCACCGCCGUCAACCCAUGGACCUCGCUUCUCAGAUUGUGCGAUAUGGAGCUUGUGAUCGAGGACCAUGAUCUUCAUCACCGCAAAGGCUGGAAGAAUAGUCACAACUACGGCAAACAAACUCGGGUGUGGGAUCGGCUUUUCAACACGUGGAUUCCUCGUAUCGAAGGAUAUGCGGAUAAUAUCGACUAUGUGAAUACGGCUGAGAUUCCUCUGUGGUAA